UGCAGCUGUCCUGUCGGUGCUGCCGGGCGGCUGGCAUGGCCCAGGGAUGGCACCAGGAGGGAGAGCAGGCAGCUCUUAGGAGGCAUUCUGCUGCUCCCUGCCGUGGAAGGCGAUAUUGGUAUUAACCUGACAGAUCCUAUGUUCAGAGGAAUCUACAGGGGAACACAAAAACAUCAAGAUGACUUGCUGGAUGUAAUAGAGAGAGCAGUCAAAGUUGGCAUUAAAAAGUUACUGCUGAAGAUCACACUCUUCAGAGGUUUUCAGAUAUUUCUGUAUGUAAAGGAAAUUGGCAACUGCAGAAGAGCUAGAAGCCCACAGAUUCUUACAUUUGAGGCAUCUGCAUGUUUGCUGUUUUUGAUUACAGGUGGGAGUCUAGAAGAUAGUAAAGAUGCAUUGCAGCUGGCACAGACAAAUGACAUGUUUUUCAGUACAGUUGGCUGUCAUCCUACCCGCUGCGGAGAAUUUGAGCAGAAUAGCCCUGAACAGUAUUUAUCUGAAUUAAAAAAUCUGAUUGAAAAAAAUAGGACAAAGGUAAUAGCAGUUGGAGAAUGUGGCUUAGAUUUCGAUAGAUUAGAAUUUUGCCCAAAGGACAUCCAACUCAAGUAUUUUGAAAAACAGUUUGACUUGUCAGAACAGAUGCGGCUGCCCAUGUUUCUGCACUGUAGAAACUCACAUGCUGAAUUUUUAGACAUAAUGAGAAGAAACCGAGAUAGAGUUGUAGGAGGGGUGGUACAUUCAUUUGAUGGCACAAAGGAACAAGCAGCAGCUCUAAUAGAUUUGGAUCUUUAUAUUGGGAUCAAUGGCUGUUCACUGAAAACAGAAGCCAACUUGGAAACACUGAAAUCAAUUCCUAGUGAACGAUUAAUGAUAGAGACUGAUGCACCUUGGUGUGGAGUGAAAAAUACUCAUGCUGGAUCAAAAUACAUUAAAACCACAUUUCCUACAAAAAAGAAAUGGGAAAAAGGGCACUGCUUGAAGGACAGAAAUGAACCCUGCCAUAUAAUUCAAAUACUGGAAAUAAUGGCAGCAGUAAGAGAAGAUGACCCACUUGAGUUGGCCAAUACUCUAUAUAACAACACCAUUAAAGUCUUCUUUCCAAAUAUGUAAAGUUGUUUUUCUUACAUUUAUUCAGCAUAACUUCAGUAAAUAUAUUGCAAAAACUUAAAAAUCAUCAUUCCUGCAAAUUCUAAUCAAUGGAAGCCAAUGUGUAGUGGGUUUGGGGUUUUUUAUGGUACAAGAUUAAAGCUGCUUUUGAAAAGGUG